AUGGCAGUCUCAGAGCGGGAGUACCACUUCAGGUCGUACCGCACCGACUUGAACAGAGCGAAAACGGGGACGAAGUCGACGACUGAGUCUGAGAGGUCCCGCGGCCGGGAAGAGGAUUGGUUGUGUUUUGUCAAGUUGUCAGCCGAGUCUCACACUAAGUUAGUCUCACUUUUGGUUACUUACUCGAACUUUGGUGGCUUGGACGUCAACCUACGUCUUUGCUCCCCCAGCGUGUCAGACUCCAGAAUAUUCCGGGAGGCUCGGGGUCGCGGCACUGCCGAGCCGCACAUCAAGAGGCCGAUGAACGCCUUCAUGGUGUGGGCCAAAGACGAGAGGAGAAAGAUCCUGCAGGCCUUCCCCGACAUGCACAACUCUAACAUCAGCAAGAUCCUCGGCUCACGCUGGAAAUCCAUGACUAAUCUGGAGAAGCAGCCGUACUACGAGGAGCAGGCUCGCCUCAGCAAGCAGCAUCUGGAGAAAUACCCCGACUACAAGUACAAGCCGCGGCCCAAACGCACCUGCCUGGUGGACGGCAAGAAGCUGCGCAUCGGCGAGUACAAGGCUAUCAUGAGGUCCCGCAGGCAGGAAAUGAGACAAUACUUCAGUGUUGGGCAGCAAGGCCAAAUACCCUUGUCCUCCGGAGGGGUGGUUUACCCAGGCGCCCUCUCCAUGGCAGGAAUGCCCUCCCCCCAAAUGCCCUCAGAGCACUCAAGCAUGUCCAGCAGCCCAGAGCCAAACGCCACCCACCACCAGAACCCCCACCUGGCUGGCCUGAAGGGGGAGGAGCCACGAAUCAAGCAGGAGGUGCUGCGGCUGGACGACAGCAACGGCAACGGGUACGACGACUUCGAAUACGAGGACGAAGAGGCAGAAUACACCAGCGAUAAUGAGAACCAUAUCACCCAAUAGGACGGCCUGACAGCUGCCUAUUUCUAAGCCAAUCACAGCUGGUUAUCCCCACACAAUCCUAAACCCACCAAUCAGGAAGAAAACUCUCUUUUUGCCAAUCACCUCGAGUCCCAAUCUCACAACACCCGCCCCCCUACCCUUCCUGACUAACAUGGACUCUUUAAGAGAGCCAAAUGUUUCCCAUCCCCCC